AGACAAUAUUCUCAAUUCAUUCUCCACUGUACAAAUGAUGUUGCAACCAGGAUCUCAAGCGAAGAGGCUUAUUGCUUGGCCUGUCUUGGUACCUCCUAUAUCCAUUCCUCCCGUUACAUGGAAGAGAAGGUAGAUAUCGCAUGACAAUUGAUUACUCCGGACGCUCCCUGGAAUAGGCGAGGCUGAGUUAAGGUAGGCGGCCAGGGGUGAUAGUCACGUGAUUGAGAGACCCCAAAACGUGGUCCGUGGCCUGCGAGCAUUGACCGUUGAUCGAGUUGCAUCAUCGAUCGAUCGGUCAAGAUGAUGAUGUUGAUGCUGCUUGCUACAAGAUUUGUUCUCCAAAUCCCCACAGUCAAUGCUUUGUUCGCUGAUAUACGGAGUAUACUGACGUGCCAGCAGAUCAAAAAGAUGUAAUCCGCCAGUCACGUGAGAGGGAUAUGAUAAGAAAAGUGGUUCGAUUGAUAACAAAGUCACCAAGUCAACCUUGGAACAACUCAAUUGCCCCUCACUAUCGCCCAGAGCCCAACAAUAAUACAUCUAUUUAUCCUUUUUGAUCUGCGGGAUCCGACACGAGGCUCCUGGAUCUUUCAAUUCCACCUAGGACCUCAUUUUGAAAAAUUUGUGCCACAGAAGGCGGUACAACUUCUAUCAAUCACAUCGAUAUCACCCAACGAUCACAUCAUCCACCGCCCAAACCACAAAUAGACAACAACAUGGGCUCCAUCCCCACCUGGAAAGAAACCGCCCAACUCCGUCGCGAACGACAAAACGCCGCGAUUCCACCCGCCUGGCGCCUCAAAUCCAUUCCUGCUGACUUUCGAGAUAGUCGGCAUGUAAUUGACCUUGCGGGAAUUCUGACACCCAAAGAACUGGACAUCACUAGCACGGUGGGCGUGGCCAAGAUCCUACGAAAGUACGAAGAAGGAGACUGGACCGUCGAGGAGGUUGUCACUGCGUUUUGCAAACGGGCAGCCAUCGCCCAUCAAUUGAUUAAAUGCUGUACCGAGUUUUUGUUCAGCGAGGCCAUUGAGCAGGCACGACAGAUCGAUCGCUGGUACGCCGACACUGGGGAAUUCGUUGGUCCAUUGCACGGCAUACCGAUCAGUCUCAAAGACAACCACGACGUCAAGGGUGUAGACUCGACGGUGGGCUGGGUUGGAUUGAUCGGUAAACCCGCGCAAGAGGACUCACUGGCAGUGCAGCAGUAUCGCACGCUCGGCGCUAUCGUCUAUGUCAAGACCAAUGUGCCUCAGUCGCUGAUGAUGAGUGACUCGUAUAACCAUGUCUUCGGCCAGAGUCUCAAUUCGUUAAGUCGCGCUUUAAUCUCCGGAGGCUCGUCGGGAGGUGAAGGGGCAUUGAUCGGAGCGAGAGGUUCUAUCCUAGGUAUUGGCACUGAUAUUGGAGGAAGUAUUCGAAUCCCCGCUGCUCUGCAAGGUCUGUAUGGUCUGUGUCCAACAGUUGGAAGAGUACCGAACCGGGAGUCGGCUAAAGACCAGAAAUACAUUGUCCGACCAGUGGCGGGACCCAUGGCUAACUCGUUGUCGUCGAUUGAGUUGUUUAUGGAGGCGUACUCAACGCUGGAACCGUGGAUGGUGGACCCUGCCAUCCAACCACUUCCUUGGAACUACGAACUGGCACGACUGCCCAAGGAACGAUUGAGGAUUGGGUAUCUGGUCGACGAUGGCGUCGUGGCACCUCAUCCUCCCAUCCAGCGAGCUAUGCACGACGUGGUACGGAAACUGAGACAAUGCGGACAUGAAGUAGUGGAAUGGGACGCUUCUGAACAUAAAGCCGCAUACUACGACCUUUGGGUCCCCGCCGUGACAGCCGAUGGAGGCAAACGAUGUCAAGACCUGUGCGACUUGAUCGGCGAACCACUCAUUGAGGGCAUGUUGGUCGGCACAGCGGAAACAUUACUGUCACCAGAACAAAGGAUGGUCCUUAGCGACAAGAUCUGGGAGUUUAAACGACAAUACCUAGCCAAGUGGAAGGAUGCCAAUAUUGACGCCCUCAUUAUGCCUGUCCAGCCUUGGGUCGGCAUGCGUCCAAAGGCCUGGGUCAAGUCACAGCAAUAUGUCGGCUACAGCGCCAUUUGGAAUCUAGUCGAUUACACUGCUCUCACUGUGCCGGUGGGGAUUGUCGAUAGUAUGGUUGACGACCCGAGUCGAGACGUGGCUUGGACUGAGUACGGGAAAUCGCAGACUCGCAAUUUCAGUGACGAGUUCAAUCAUGCCAUGUAUCAAGACCUGUGGAAUCAUGGUGUCAUUCAGAAUCUGCCGGUUAAUCUGCAGAUCGUUACGGGGAGGUUUGGCGAAGAAAAGGCCAUUGCUGUGGCUAAGAUUCUUGAGACUUUGCCUUGAAUAUCGGACUGAGAUUUAGCGACAGAAUUUUCUCUAGAGAUUUCCACCAGAGCUUUUGCACAUUUAUUUACCUACCCAAUCUAAGCUACUGUUUUAUUCAUGUCACCUUUUUCAAAAAUGCAA